CACCUUUGCAAGGCAGCGACAGUUUUUUUCUUGACACCUGUCCUUUGAGGAAAUAUAAUGGAAGUGAAAUAUAUACAUGUAGUUUAUAGAAGGCAUUUUGCUACGCAGAUAUUCUUCGAAUAGCUAAUUCCAGCAUGAAGGUGAACACAGUAGAACUAGUUUGCACUCUGCUGGUGUUGUUAAGUAGCGCCACAUUAUCGCACGCUGCUGGACAACCCAAGGACAGUGUUCUUUUAAGAAACAUCAAAUCCUUGACAUUGUAUAAGGACCGCAAAACCACACACAGGCGUGUUCCUGCCAUCCCGCAGCUUCGAUGUAUUGGAGGAAGUGGCAAGGGCUAUUAUGAGGUUGAUGUUAUGCGAUGCACAAACUCUGGUGCCAGCUACGACGAAGACAAUGUGGAUUGGACAUGCAAAGCUUCCUUACCUCCGGAGUUCAAGCUCGGCUCAACGGAUGUGAUCUGUGAAGGUUACAGUUCCCCGGAUGACCCGUAUGUCCUGAAGGGCAGUUGCGGAGUGGAAUAUCGUCUAAUUCUCACCGACCUUGGAGAAAAAAAAUAUGGUAGCAAGGGCUGGUUUAAACCUAAAUUUGCAGAAGGUUCGUCACUUUUUUCUGCUGGCGAGAACGCCGGAGACGAGCCGCCGUCGGAGAAGCUGUUCAAUUUCAUCUUUUGGUGCUUCUUCAUUGGAGUGGGAUUAUGGAUAGCCUACAUGUUCCUCAAGAGCAUUUUGAGCGGUGAGACUGGACCAGGACGGAGACGUGGAGGAUUUAGAUUGGGAGGAGGUGGCUUUGGAGGCGGAGACGACGACAACGACCCGCCCCCACCAUAUGACCCGAACCCUCCGAGACCGUCAAGGCAAACACACUCUAAACCUCGAUCUUCAGCGUGGACGACGACUUCAUCAUCACGCAAUUCAGAACCAUGGCGACCAGGGUUCUGGACUGGAGCUGCCACUGGUGCAGCGGCUGCGUAUGCAGCAUCUCGUGCCAGCCGCAAUCGAGCUGAGGAGCAGGCGAGACAGCAGACUCAGGGCUGGUUUCAGCGAGCGUGGACCGGUGGUAACACAUAUACAAAUCCUAGGCCGAGCUGGUACUAUGACAAUGCUGGGGAAGGCCCAUCUCGCUCCUCAAGCUCGCAAAGCCCUCCCGAGCCUCCCAGCAGUUCGAGGUACGAAAGCACCGGAUUUGGUUCAACUCGCAGAAGAUAAGCACAGCGAGGUCUGGGGUUUCGAAAGCAACAUUUUUCCCUUUCGUGCAAGCGCGCACCAGCUCGCGACUGUCUGCAUAUGGGUUUCGAUACAUGCUAUUCCGAACGCGUGGCAGGUAUAUUACGCUGAUCUAGCCGUCCAAAUCGAGACUAAAACUCUUGACAAGUUCCUUUGACGUGCCAGAAAUGGUCGAAGAUGCCGAACUGUGUACAUUUCUUUG